UGGCAUAAUCUCUAUGGAAACGCUUGCAUCAAAAUGACAUUCACAUAUGCAACGAAAUAUUAUGUUUAAGACUAUUUGACCAAAUAUAUCAUUAAUAUCAUGGCUGAAGUUUUCAAAACUGUACCUGAUUUGAAAGAAAUAACUGAAAUAUUAAAUAACAAUCCAGAUUACACCAGAGAAUAUUUCUUAGAACAUGCUUCAGGAAAAAUGGUGGAAGAAUGGGUUAUGCAACGUUCGCACUUAUUAAAUUUUCCAGAAAUUAAGACUGUUGUAACUAAAUCAGAUUAUACUCUCAAGCCUAUUCCUUCUAAUUUAACCAAAUUUUUAAAAAAUAAUGAAUUAAAUAAUGCAAAUGAGCUAGCAGUUAAUAAUAAAAAAAAAAAUUUUGAACAACUUUUACAGCUAAGUGAAAAAGACUUAUUAAUGGAACUAAUUCGUGAUAUAGCUCAUGAGUUAGAUGUUGAUUCACUUUCACAUAAAAUUCUUGUUAAUGUUUGCCUACUUACCAACUGUGACAGAUCAUCUUUAUUUCUUGUAAAAGGUCAAGAAAAUGCAAAGUACCUUAUUUCUCGUUUGUUUGAUGUAACCGCACUUUCCACUCUUGAACAAUCAAUCAAAUCUCAUGACGAAGCUAUCAUUAUUCCAAUAGGAGUUGGUAUAGCAGGCCAUGUAGCAGAGACUGGUCAAGAAAUUAAUAUUCCAGAUGCUUAUAAGGAUUCAAGAUUUAAUCCUUCUAUUGACAGAGAUACUGGUUACAAAACACACAGCAUUUUGUGCAUGCCUAUUAAAAAUCAAGACAAUAAGGUUGUUGGUGUUGCUCAAAUUAUUAAUAAAAAAGAAAAGAAUCCUGUUUUUACUAAAAAAGAUGAGGAGGUUUUCAAAAAUUAUUUAACUUUUUGUGGAAUUGGUUUGACUAAUGCACAAUUAUUUGAUUUAUCACUUCAAGAACACAAUAGAAAUCAGGUGUUACUAAAUCUAGCAAAAGGUAUAUUUGAAGAUACAGAACAUUUAGAUGUUGUUGUUCGUCGUAUUAUGACUCAAGUUCAAGACAUGCUUAAAUGUGAAAGAUGUACUGUUUACAUAAUAAACAAAACCAAACUAGAAGAAUCAGGUGAAAUACAGUUUGCUGAAGUAUUUGAUUUAAUUUAUCAAGAUGUUUCUCCUGUGGUAGUAAGCAAAGAAUAUUGGCAAGAUGUUGCUGAAGCAAGUUCAAAUGAAAAAAAGGUUUACGUAGGGUUUGCCAUGUUGGUUGCAAAAAAUGGCAAGUGCUUAAACAUCGAUAACUUUUCAAAAAGUGAUAUUCCAGGAAAAGAUAGUUUAGAUAAUUCUUCAUUUAAACCAAGAUGCAUGCUUUGUUGUCCGAUAUAUAAUAACCAUCAUGAAGUGAUAGGUGUUGCUCAGUUAUUAAAUAAAAUUGGGUCUUACUCUUUUGAUGAAAAUGAUGCAGCUUUAUUUGAGGGGUUUGCAAUAUUUUGUGGUCUUGGUAUUCAUAAUACACAAAUGUAUGAGAAAGCAACAAUGUUAAUUGCUAGACAGAAAGUCAAUACUGAGAUUCUUCAAUAUCAUGCUGCUGAGCCUAUAGAAGGUGUAGAAGAGUUUGCUAUCUUGGAAGUUCCUGCUACUGAAAGUUUUAGUUUUAAUUCAUUUGCAUUUGACGAUCUUACAAUGACAGAUAGAGAAACAUGUCUUAUGACAAUGAGAAUAUUUCUAGAAAAAAACUUUUUGAGCAUUUUCAAUAUACCUUACACAACCAUGUGCAAAUUUAUUUUGACCGUGAAGAAAAACUAUCGUCGUGUUACUUAUCAUAAUUGGAGGCAUGCUUUUAAUGUUACACAGACCAUGUUUACUAUUUUAAGUAUAGGUCAAAUGUUUUCCUGGUUUACUGAUUUAGAAUCGUUUGUUCUUCUUGUUGCUUGUUUAUGUCAUGAUUUAGAUCAUCGUGGUACAAAUAACAACUUCCAACUAAAGACUCAAUCACCUAUAGCUGCUCUCUAUGGUACUUCUACUAUGGAGAGACAUCAUUUUAAUCAUUCUAUUAUGAUUCUUACCUCAGAUGGUACACAGAUUUUUGAUUCACUAAAUCCUAAUGACUACAAAUUGGCUAUUAAAAUUCUUGAAGAUGCUAUAUUAUCUACUGAUCUGGCACUUUAUUUCAAGAAACGCACUGAUUUUACAAAGAUUGCAGAAUCUCAGCAGGCAAAUUGGACUAUAUUUGAAAACCGAGGCAUUCUUAGAGGUAUGAUGAUGACAGCAUGUGAUGUAGCAGCAAUUACUAAACCAUGGGAAGUUCAGCAGAGGGUUGCUGAAUUUGUUGCAAAUGAAUUUUUUGAACAAGGUGAUCAAGAAAGAAGCAAGUUAUCUGCAGAACCCAUUCCAAUGAUGGACAGAGGAAAACAUCGCGAUUUACCUAAAAUGCAAGUUGGCUUCAUAGACUUUGUUUGCAUGCCUAUAUAUAAAGUUUUUUAUGCUAUCAAUCCUUUGUUAAAACCACUUUAUGACGGAGUUAGUGAUAAUCGUAAAAAUUGGCAAAGUAUUGCAGACACAUAUGUUCCCAAGUCUCUAAAAGAAUCAGCAGUUGUUUUAAAUGGAACAAAUUGUGAAAAGAUAGAUGAUAAACCUUUAAAAAAAGUUACGUUUUUCGAGGCUAAAAAUUCAAGGACAUGUUCCAUGUUGUAGUUUUGUGUCAUGUUAACAUGUGUCACGUCUAUAUAGAAUGAUUUUUAAAAUAUUUUACUAGUGAAUAAACAUGAACGUUUUGUAAAUAAUAUUAAAAUGUUUUUUUAUAAAGUUUAUUUAUAAAGUUAUUUAAAUUAUAA